GACGCAUCUUCCUGGCCUGCCCCCUCUCUCCCUCUCUCCCUCAGCCUCUGUCCUCCUCUGUCUGCGGCUAGCCUACCUGCGAGGAAGUGCCACAGCCCGGGCGAAGCAGCGGAGUGUCGGCGGGCCUCUGGCGCUGAUAUGCGGCGGUAAAAGGCCGCUGUUGUGCGGUGUUUAUAGGGGAUGUAGACAGGCACACAGGCACCACUCGCCCCGACGGACCGCGCUGUGUCUGCUCUGCCCAGCCCGCUGCAUCGCUGAGCGGCCUGCGAAGCUCUCAACAUGUCCACCAGAACGCCAUUGCCCACGGUGAACGAGCGGGACACCGAGAACCAUUCAUCGGUGGACGGCUUUGCGGAACCCCCAGCCCCGCCCACCAAGUCGGCGAGCCGCCACAGCCUGCCGCGAUGCCGCAAUUCCUUUACCUCCACCGAGGAGCACCCUCACAUCGGCAACUACCGCCUGCUCAAGACCAUCGGCAAAGGAAACUUCGCCAAAGUCAAGCUGGCCAGGCACGUCCUAACCGGGCGAGAGGUGGCUGUGAAGAUCAUAGACAAAACCCAGCUAAACCCCACUAGUCUACAGAAGCUCUUCAGGGAAGUCAGAAUAAUGAAGAUACUGAAUCAUCCAAAUAUAGUGAAAUUGUUUGAAGUGAUAGAGACGGAGAAGACACUUUAUCUGGUAAUGGAGUACGCCAGUGGUGGUGAAGUAUUCGACUACCUGGUGGCUCAUGGCAGAAUGAAGGAGAAGGAGGCCCGGGCCAAGUUCAGACAAAUCGUGUCCGCAGUGCAGUAUUGCCACCAGCGGAGGAUAGUUCACCGCGACCUGAAGGCAGAGAAUCUACUGUUAGACGCAGACAUGAACAUCAAGAUAGCAGAUUUCGGGUUCAGUAAUGAGUUCACGGUGGGCAGUAAACUGGACACGUUCUGUGGCUCUCCUCCCUAUGCUGCUCCGGAGCUGUUCCAGGGCAAGAAGUACGAUGGGCCCGAGGUGGACGUGUGGAGUCUGGGGGUCAUUCUCUACACGCUGGUCAGCGGCUCACUACCCUUCGACGGACAGAAUCUCAAGGAGCUGAGGGAGAGGGUCCUGAGGGGUAAAUAUCGCAUCCCCUUCUACAUGUCUACAGACUGUGAAAACCUUCUCAAGAAGCUGCUAGUGCUUAACCCGGUCAAACGAGGCAGCCUAGAGCAAAUCAUGAAAGACCACUGGAUGAAUGUGGGUCACGAGGAGGAGGAGCUUAAGCCUUACAUCGAGCCGGAGGCAGACUUCAGCGAUACGUCUAGGAUAGAGCUGAUGGUGACGAUGGGCUUCCCUAAAGAUGAGAUCACAGACUCGCUCCAAAACCAGAAGUACGAUGAUGUCAUGGCCACGUACCUGCUGCUGGGAAGGAAAGCUCCGGAGUUUGAGGGCAGCGAACCCCUGACCAACAGCGUCCUGGGCCAGAGACAACGACCGACCAGCGACAUCAACAACAGCUCCAGCAUCUCGCCCGCCCACCCCAAAGUCACUCGCAGCAUCUCGGCCAAUCAGAAGCAGCGGCGCUACAGUGAUCAUGGUGGGGAUGAGGAGGGAGGAGGAGGAGGAGGAGGGGGUGGUGUCGUAGAGAAGCCAAUGGGUCCAUCGGUGCCCCCUGCUGUCUCGUACACUAAACGCGGCCAGGCUCUGAGCGUGGAGAGCGACCACAGGGAGGAGUGGGACGGAGCGCGCAGACUGGAACUCAGCACGUCCAAAGGAGAUGUGCCCGCCUCGCCACUAGGAGUGCAAGAGAGGAAGAAGACCACAAGUGCUGUAGGGACCAACGGAUCCAUGACUCGUAGAAAUACUUAUGUUUGUGAGCGCUCUUCAGACCGAUACUCAGCUAUUCCCAACGGCAAAGACAGCAGUUUGACUGAAGUAUCGGGCAGCACCCCUUCUACAGCCAUGAGCUCCACGCGGCCCCGCCACACCAAGUCUAUGUCCUCAUCAGGGCACCCCUCCAAGAGCACACUGCCCCCUAUUGACGACAACUCAGAGCUCAAAGCCAGCUCGUCCCCUCGCGGUCCCUCCACGUCCCCCUCGGCCCACAGCAUCAGUACCCCAGAGAAGAACCGCUUUCCUCGGGGCACCACCAGCCGCAGCACCUUCCACGGGGCCCAGCUCCGGGACAGACACAGUGCCACCUACAACGGCCCACCCGCCUCCCCUACCCUGUCCCACGACACAGGCGCUCUGGCCCAGCAGCGCAGGGGUACCUCCACAGGCAUCAUCAGCAAGAUCACCUCCAAGUUUGUACGCAGGGUCCCUAGUGAGGGAGAGGCCAGUGCCAGGACAGAAACCCCAAGGAGCGCGUCGGGCGACACCAAAGAGGAGGGCGGCGGGCGUGACUCCAAACCCCGCUCGCUGCGUUUCACCUGGAGCAUGAAGACCACCUCGUCCAUGGAGCCCGCCGACAUGAUGAGGGAGAUCCGCAAGGUCCUGGACGCCAACAGCUGCGACUACGAGCAACGCGAACGCUUCCUGCUCUUCUGUGUCCACGGUGACGCUCGCCAAGACAACCUGGUGCAGUGGGAGAUGGAGGUGUGCAAGCUGCCCCGCCUCUCGCUCAACGGCGUAAGAUUCAAGAGGAUAUCGGGCACAUCCAUCGCCUUCAAGAACAUCGCCUGUAAGAUCGCCAACGAGCUCAAGCUGUGACGGGCUGAGGUGGCGGGCGCAGGGUGGCAGGUGAUGGCAGAUGUCGGCAGGCGUGCGGGGGGCUAGCUCUAUGUCACUGGAUUUAGCGUAAGGAGAAAGAAGCAGUACUCGCCAGGCGCUUUGUGAGGUGAGAGUCUGCUGGUGGUUCUGGAUCGGAGUGUUAUUAAACUGACAAGUCAUGUGGCAGAAAGUUAAGGGCAAAAAAAGUUGUCACUCACGCCUUACAUACAAUGACCACUAGGAGGUGAGGGUGGGGAAAAGUGUCUGUAUUUGAGCAAAGAACUGCAAUAAAAAAAGAACAUUAGUGAAUCGUGAUAUGAAGAUUUCACCCAAAAACAUAGUGUCACAGAAAUUGAUUUUUUAUUGCCAGAUCACCCAGACUGACUCAGAUAUGGACUCUCAUUUUUGGGGGAGUCCUGGCCCCAUAGCCUGUUGCAUGUACAUGGUUUUAGCGCUAGAUGAAACUGGAGCGCUUGGAGGAAACCUACACAGACAUAAGCAGAACAUGCAAAUGCCAUACAGAAAGCCCACGUCAUCCUAGACCGUUUUGCUGAUAGACAGAAACACUUUUGGUCAUUUUUAAGCCUUGAGAGUAAUGUGUGGCCAUUUGAGCUACUGAUGCCUUUCUAUAAUAAUACAAGCUAGCUCAGUGUUUCUCAAAAUGUGGUACAGACAUGGAUUUCUUUGUUGAGUUUACAGUCCACAUUUUUGUACUUUGGGUUAGUCCUUGUUUAGAACUAGUAUAGCAACUGGGUAGUCCUAAUUUAGACCUGGUUUAGUUCUAGUUUUGACCUGGAAUAGACCUGGAAUAGAUCUGGUGGUACUCGGAAGGCCAAAUAUUUUCUUAGGUGUAAAAUGUGUGACAAUCCCUGGGCUAGCUAAUCACUAGAUAGCAAAAGCAGAUAUUGUUUUGGUCUCGGUAAACCCAAGAAAUGCUAAGAAAGAGGUAUGUUGAAUCCAUCCAAGCUGACCUUCUUAAACACUGCCACCUGAUUUGACCACACAACACUCACAUUCAGAAGCACCGCCGCAGACGUGCCUAAUAAAGCAUCCGGCGGGGUUGUCUCAGCACUGAAGCUCCUCCACGCACACGCAGACUUCAGGAGGACCUGGGCCGCUCGUGCAAUACCGGCCACGAAUGUACUGUACAGGGGACGGUGGCUCUGUGUGAGAAGGCCCAACCCCCCACCCCCCCAUCCCUCCCUGUCCUCCUCCAUUGCCGACCCCACAACAACCGCCCGGUCUUCCCCGCUCCUCGACCACCCCUCCUCGUCCUCCUCAUCUACAAAACCACGGCCCAUCCCGCAAUAAGGAUUUCAGUCGGACAUUUUGCUUUUUUUUCGAAAAGCGCUCUCUCUAUUUCUCUCCUCUCGCUGAGUAACCAUUAAAAGUACUAAAUUAGCCGCUUUUUCACAGUCUGUGGUAAGUAUAUAGAUCAGGCUGGAGCCCCCAUACUAAAACUAUGUAAAAAGGAAGUGUACUGUAUGCAUUAACAUCUGCAGGUACUGUAUUGUAUAUUGGUUUGCGUUAUGUACAGAAAUUAUUGUCAAUAUUUGUUAUGUUUUUUUUCCUAAUAUUGUUGUCUCUUAUCCUCUUUGGUCUGUGAGGUUUUUUUUUUUUUUAAGAGCCACCACAUGGAAAUAGUGUUUUCAAUUUUAUUUAAAGAGCACUAAAUUAUUUUGUGAAACAUGAAGCCUUUUUGUUGACUUUGUUUGCCUAUAGAAAAACACUACAUUGCACCGUAUAGACUGGUUAUGGGUUGAGUGGUCACUUUAUGUUCUUCUCAGCAGUGGGCGGGGCAUCCGAGGGCCCGCUGGAAUUGCACAAGUUCUCCAGGUGAAGCACGGACGUGAGGAGGCGACUAUGUUUUCUGUUAAAUGAAGUCCUCGAAUACUCAAAUAAACAGGGCCAAUUCAGUUUAUGCUUUAUAAAGACAGCCUGAUCGACCAUCUGCAUUUAAAGUGCAUAUGACGGGUUUGCAUGUUUUUGUAUUUAUGACUUCUUUUGGUGGGAGACUACCUGUGGUCAAUAUUUAUCAUAGUUUUACCUCAGUUAAAUGGCACUCUUGACAUGCCAGAGAAUAAUUAAGCUGCUCAGAAUGCCUUAAAUAAAUGAGGAAUAACUGGACCACUGCGAAACGUUUAAAAUAAACUAGUUUUGUUUUUCACGCUUUGGAGACAGUAAAAAUCUGGUAGGCUACAGUUUCUUUAAAAUUCUAUCCAAAAUGCAGGGAGAGGUUAUGAACAAGGAAGGCAUUUUUCUGGCAAUUUAAAGUCCUUUUUUUAAUUAGUUUACUCAUGAGCAUUGUGUAACUUCAUUUCUGGCUGGUGUUUACAGUAUGGUUGCUAGGUAAGAGCCGUAACUGUUACCUAGCAACUAAUCUCACAUCUUCUGCCCGUGUCCAUCCAGGAAGUAAAAUGAUAAACAAAAAUCUUAAACAUAAUACUGUUAACUAUGAGUGAGUAGUCUAACCUGUCAUAUGCACUUAAAGUAAAAAGUAAGUAAGAAGUAAGGUUUGAUUUCUAAGGGAUGGAACUACGGCUGGGCUAUUAAUACAGUUUUAGAUUGUGAUUACUGACAUGUUUUAAAUUGAGUUGGUUCUUGAAAAUGCACCAUGACAGAGAAUCAAGAGCCUGGGACAGUGUCCGGCAUUUGUUUCCCAUGAUUCUUAGUAACAUUGAGCCUGUUAUGUCACCUUCUUCGUCCAAUCAGUAGCUUCUAUAUUAGUUAUUGGCCAAGAAAAUAUGUAAAAUUAAUAGAUGAUAUACAAUCUCAACAUUUUUUUCUUUUUUUAGCAGCUUUUAUCACCCAAUGCAUGAUGUAAAGAGCCUUUAUUUUGACAAGAGUAAAUAAAAAUCAGGUACAGGUUGUUAAAGUUCUCAGAGGCGUGCUCGGUUGUGUUGGCAGGAGUCUUUGUAAACAGACUGGUUUGGCCCUGGUCCAUGCAGUGUGACUGUGCAGGUACUGGUGUAUCCUCACUCGUGUUCAUUCUAUAAUUUCAGACGGUUUUCUUGUAUUUAUUCCAUGACAUUGUAACGUGCUGCUUUGUAGAACUGAGGCGUGCACUUUGUCCGAGAAAAUAAAAGGAUUUUAUUUGUUUGUA